UUGUUGAAUAUUUUUUAAUAGAUACCACAGCUAUCUACACCCUAAUCAAAAUUAAAAAUAUGAAACUUAUAAAGCUAGGAACACGAGCCCGUACAAACUCACCUGAAUUUCUUUCUUCCUUCUCAUAGGCAUAUAUAUAUAGCGAUGCAAAGCAACUCAAAAAUCAACACAGAUUGGAAGAGAUGGAGAAGAAGGUGAAUCAUACCGAUAGUAGCUGCGGAUUCGGGGAAGACGACGAUGCAGGAGUUGAAGCAAUGGCUGCUGCCACAUCUCAUAUAUUUCACUUUGUUCUUAAUGCAGCUAUUGAGCUCGAUCUCUUCAGCAUCAUUGGCGGAGCAGGCGAUGGCGUUCCGAUCUCGACUUCCGACAUCGUGUCUCGUCUUCCGAUCCGUGGGCGGGAAGAUGAAGCUGCGGCUGCAUUGAAUUCCAUGCUUCGGUCGCUCGCCAGUUAUUCGCUCCUUGCGUGCUCGAUGAGCGAGGUUGCUCCUGGCGGUGCGUUUGAACGACGCUACCGACUGACGCCUUCGGGGAAGUUUUUUGUCAGAGACGCGAGUGGAUCGUCGUUGGUUAAGUAUCAAGAGCUCGGUUACCAAUACUCGGAAAGCUUGUUGGUCUGCCAAAAUCUGAAAGAUGCAGUGCUCGGAGGCGGCGUUUUAUUCGAAAGACUAAACGGCAAGUCCUUCUAUGAACACGUGAAGUGCUCGAACACAGGAUAUGCUGAGGCGUUUCACGACGCCAUGAGAGCUCAUUCAGUAUUCAUAUUAGGCAAGGUUUUGGAGAAAUACCAUGGUUUCGAAAACCUAGAUUCUAUAGUUUACGUUGCCGGUGGUGACGGUACAGCUCUCGAAAUGAUCAUUUCAAAAUAUCCUUCCAUCCGUGGAAUCAACUUUGAUCUGCCUGAGGUCAUUAAAACUGCUCCACUCUCUCGAGGAAUAGAGCAUAUUGGCGGAGACAUGUUUGUCGAAGUUCCAAAAGCAGAAGCCAUUUUAUUCAAGGUUAAACUCGACACAAAACCUAUUUGAUCUGGCUCUGUUUUGAUCUCUCUAAACAACAACUUCAAUUUACAUGAUAAGUUUACACUGCACAAUUGGAACGACGAGUGCUGUUUACAAGUUCUGAGAAACUGCUACAGAGCUAUCCCAGAGGAUAAACCUGGUAAAGUGAUCGUGUUGGAGUGCAUGCUUCCCGAAGUCCCUUCUACAGAUGUUCAUUCAAAGUAUGCCUGCCAGAAGGAUAUCAUGAUGUUGACAUUGUUUGGAGCUAAACAGCGGACGAAGGAUGAAUUCGAAAGCCUAGCCAAGCAAGCAGGCUUCUUGGACUUUAAAGUUAUCUGCUAUGCACGCAGCAUAUGGGUUAUGGAGUUCAUCAAACAACAAUCUUAAUUAAGGUACUACCACAUCUCUAAUUUCCCUGCAGAAAUAAGAGCAUGCUCGAAGCUUAAUUGAAUUAGAACAUAAAAUUGCUACGCAAUAUCGUCGUAUUGUUGAAACAUAUAUUCCAUGUCACAAACACCCUUUUAUUCAACUACAUCUGUUCAAUAAAUGCAGACAUCUCAGAUCUGAUCUUGAUUAUUCACAGGGCUGAGCUGAGACAUGAACAGCUCAAGAAGUCCUCGUUGUUC